AAGAAAAAUCUUGAUAUACAAACUUGAAUGGUCAUCAGCGGCCUUUCUCUCACUCUCACUCCCGCCACUGUCCGUACAAGCUUCCCUCUAUGGCCUCCUCCUUCUCGUUCAUGCCCGCGCCCCCGUCCGUACAAGCUCAUCGAUGCUCCUCUUCACCUUCUCCCCGCCAAGAGGUAUAUUAUUGCGGUGGAUUAAGAACUUCAUUUCUCAAGAAUUGGGAUGUUACGGGGGUGUCGAGUUCAAAGCGGUUCGGCUCCACCACUCAUAUGAAUUGGAAGAGGAGGAGAACUUUGAUCUGUGCAGUCAAUCAAGAUGCCGAGGGAGCAUUCAAAAAGACUGUAGAAGUGGAUAGGCUGAUAGACAAACUAAGAGAUGCAAAUCCAAUUGAACUUCAGAAGCUUGUUGUUGAAAAUGUCUUGGCUUUUAAUGAGGGCUUUUGGAUACGGCUUGCGGCAAGAACUGAUACCUGCAAAUCGGAGGAUGAUAAAAAGGACUAUGAGGAAUUGGCUAUAUCUAUAAUGAGCAUAGUGGAUCGCCUUGUUCAUAAGACCAAUGAAAAGAUAGAUUCAGCUACUGAUGUCCUCAAGGGGAUUCUGAAACCUGUAGUUGAUGAAGUAGAAGAAAUUCAAUGGCCUCCUAGAGAUCCCGAGGCUCUUAAAUUAAUGGAGAAAGAAUUAGUCCAAAGGGAGGAAGAUGGACAACUGGACGAAGGGUUUCUUUCAGAAGUUAAUGCUCAACUACGACAAGCAAAAGGAGAUGGAGAUAAGCCAGGGUUUGAGGCUAUGUUACAAAAGGUUUUACAACUCUAUGCUUCUACUGUUCUAUCCAAGCGUAGCUAUGCAAAAAAAGGGGAUGAAAUUCUGAAGGCCGAGCAGUUUCUAGAAACCAUAAUCAAAGCUCCUGAAGAAGAAUGGAACAAGCUGCUGCUCAAUGGAUUAACAUUUGGCAAAGGGGAAAUUUUACCACAGGAGCUCUAUGCUGUCAUUAAGAAGAGGGUUGAAAGGACUCUGAUCCGAACAGAGGGAGGUUCAUACCAGCAACGUGUUCUUACGGAGUAUCUCAAUGGCAUCCAAUUGAGAGCAGAGCAAAUUGUCCAACUACUUCAGGGCAAGCUGCAAUAGUACAUGUUCAUGAUUUGAAAAUAUGGACAUGGGAGUUUGGGAUCACAAGGCAUUGCUGGCUGCACAACUCUCUUUUGGUUCCGAAAGUUAAGAUGAACCGUUUUCAGAGAGGAAAGAAGUUUAGAUGUGAAUGCCUUGUCAGGUAAUGAUCUAUUGCAUACAUAUUGAUCAGAAGACUAUUACCACUUAAAAAUAUAGCUUUUGGUUAAAGGAAUUUCAUCCAAUAUAAGCACAUUUUGUGUUCGGCCAAAAUCCAAUGUAUACAUUCAUGAAUGAUUAAUAACAUUUGAUCAUCAAAUUUGAUGAGAUUAGAUAGGCGACAUAUAACAAAAUAAUACAUGCCGAAGUUAGCAUUUUCCUUUCUGUUUAAGAUUCUGGGAUCAUCAAACCAGACUUGGCAACUGGGCUUGAAAGAUACCAGUCUAUCGUGUAAUGUACUUCACAGCAGGUCCUUGCCAAAAUAUAUAUUAUAUUGUUUAUAGCAAGUUGGCCUUGCCUGAAUGUUGCCCUAUAACAUGUUAAGGCUCAUUUGGGACUGC